AUGCUGAUCCACGCUGCCUCUGGUGGUAUUUGGCAGGCUGCGAUUCAAUACGCAAAGGUGAAGGAAGCUAGGAUAUUUGUUACUCUGUCAAGCAUCAAAAGAAAGAAAGAAUUCGUCAAGACUUUUGGAAGUCCUGAAGACCACCUCUUCUCCGGCCGUGACUUGAGCUUCUCGCGAGGAAUCAAGCGCAUUUCCCCUAGAGGUGUUGAUAUUAUUCUCAACUCACCGAGCGGCAAGGUACUGCGGGAAUCUUGGGCUUGCGUUGCGCCAUGA